UCAUAUCUGUAAAAUUUCUCUUUCAACAUCCUAAAUUAUUAAAGUAGCUAAAUAGCUAGCUAGAGUUUGAUUACUUUCGCUGAGGAUCGAUGGAAGAGGCACUGUUGGAAACGAGGAAAGAGUUGACAUGGGGCAGUGCCCUUGUAGAAGAACUAAAGAAGGUGAUGAAGAUGGCGGCUCCGAUGGUGGUGGUGACUUUGUCUCAGUAUCUGUUGCAGGUUAUUUCGAUGAUGAUGGUUGGACAUCUUGGGGAACUCUCUCUUUCUGGUGUUGCUAUUGCCACCUCUUUCUCCAUCGUCACUGGCUUCAGUCUCCUUGCCAAGACCCUUUAAUCGCACAAGAAGCUGGCAGAUAUGCAAUUUGGCUCAUCCCUUCACUAUUUGCCUACGCCGUUCUUCAAUCGUUGGUUCGAUUCUUCCUAGCUCAGGGCCUGAUUUUCCCAAUGCCCUUAAGUUCAUCCUUGGUUCUGCUUCUGCACAUACCUCUAUGUUGGGCUCUAGUCUUUCAUUUGGGAUUAGGAAAUAUUGGCGCGGCUUUGUCCACAGGUUUAUGCAAUUGGUUGAAUACAAUCAUCCUUUUGACUUACUUGAAGUAUUCUUCAACAUGUGAGAAAACUCGUGUCCACUUCUCAACUGAUGUUUUCUUAAGCAUUAAGAAGUUUUUUGUCUUGGCCAUCCCCUCUGCUGUAAUGGUUUGUCUUGAAUGGUGGUCAUUUGAGCUGCUUAUUUUACUCUCUGGGCUUCUACCAAACUCGAAACUUGAAACUUCAGUGCUUUCUAUUUGCCUCACAACAACUUCAUUGCACUACUUUAUACCAUAUAGUGUUGGCGCUGCUGCAAGCAACCGAAUUUCAAAUGAAUUAGGAGCCGAUAAUCCACGUGUAGCUCGAGUAGUUGUUUGGGCUGCAAUGGUUCUUGCAGUUACUGAAGCUGUCAUCGUGAGCACAAUUCUCCUCUGCUGCCGUUCUGUGUGGGGUUAUGUUUAUAGUAAUGACAUGGAAGUUGUCAAUUAUGUCAAACGACUUGCUCCACUGCUUUCCCUCUCACUUUUCGCAGACAGCUUACAAGCUGUACUUUCAGGGGUUGCUAGAGGAUGUGGGAUGCAGCGUAUAGGGGCUUAUAUAAAUCUUUGUGCAUAUUAUAUAGCUGGAAUUCCGGUUGCCGUCGUAUUGGGUUUUCUUCUACAUCUGAGGGGAAUGGGGCUUUGGAUCGGAAUGAUGACAGGCUCUUCUGUACCGGCAUUGUUGUUCAUUCUCAUAACGUCCUUCAUAAAUUGGCCAAAACAGGCAACCAUGGCAAGGGAGAGGAUAUUUAGAUUUCAACAAGCAAAUUGAAGUCAUUUCAGUCGACUGCAGUGUUCUGAUUUGGGGGCUCAUGUACGGAAAAUCAUUUUCUUCCCUCACCUACUCGGAGCACAUGAUGUUCCCAUACCACAUCAUAGCAUUUUUAAGAAACAAUUCACACAGCUUUUGAGCUUCACAUGUUGGCUUGCCAUAUAAGUUGGUGAAAAAGAUGGGUUCAUCUUCAUAUAUAGCAUCAUUUGAAUCUUCGAGUCUUCUACAUCCGUAUCGUUUAUACAUAUACAUACAGUCCCAUUUUAUUGUUUGAGGAACAUUCUUUAGGGUCCCUUACGAAUUAUUUUUUUUCAACAA